AGAGAAGCAAGGCUGACCAUUGUGAAAACGCUUGAAGAGUUUGACUUUGGCCAUGCCGAAAAGUGUGUUAGGAUAAACUCCGUGUCCAGCGGUCUUGCAGAAGAAGAUCUAGAGGUGCUUUUGCAGUCAAAUACCCUUCCGUCAAGCAUGAUGCUGCCAAAGGUUGAAAAUGUUGAAGAAAUAAGAUGGUUUUCAGACAAAUUCUUACAUCACCUAAAAGGACGAACACUUGUAGAACCAAUGAAUUUUAUCCCUUUUGUGGAAACUGCAGUGGGCUUGCUCAAUUUUAAGGCUGUCUGUGAAGAAGCACUGAGAACAGGAUCCCAGGCUGGCUUUCAUUUGGACGCAGUCGUCUUUGGAGGAGAGGAUUUCCGUGCCAGCAUAGGUGCAACAAGCAGUAAGGAAACUCAGGAUAUUCUAUAUGCCAGACAAAAAAUAAUAGUCACAGCAAAGGCAUUUGGCCUUCAAGCAAUAGACCUUGUUUACAUCGAUUUCCGAGACGAAGAUGGGCUUCGCAGGCAAUCAAGAGAAGGUGCCUCAAUGGGAUUCACUGGUAAGCAGGUGAUUCACCCCAACCAAAUUGCUGUUGUCCAGGAACAGUUCUCUCCGAGCCCUGAAAAAAUAAAGUGGGCACAAGAACUGAUUUCUGCUUUUGAAGAACAUCAGCGAUUAGGCAAGGGAGCAUUUACUUUCCACGGGAGCAUGAUCGACAUGCCAUUACUGAAGCAGGCACAGAACAUUGUUACGCUUGCCACAGCCAUCAAGAAAAAAUGAGCUGGUAAAUGAAGCUCUCGCCAUGGGGCCCCAGUAGCUGUUUUAAAAGAU